AUGUUGGUUUUUCUAACUCUCUCUCUCGUGCACUCCUUUUAGUAAUACGAAAUACUGAUAGGAUACCCUCAAAUUAUAGAGUAUUAUUCUGCUUCAGGGAUCAUCAUAGAACAGAAUCUCACAUCCUCAUCAGAAAUCGAGUUAACUACUUCUCCUUGUUAAGUUGUACCAUAGCAACUAAUCAAUCAGAAUAUGUUAGACUAGUCAUUACCUAUCAUACCUUAAUAUUUGCCGGAGUAGUUUUCCCAAUAUUUUGAUGAUGGCCACUUUUUAGGGUUGAUACCCCACAUCAUUUCAUUUGUCAAUAUAGAAAACGAUGUGGUUAUUUUAACAAAUUAAGCAGAAUUAAUCUACAUUCGAUUCCUAAAUGAAUCCUUCAUUGUUUCUGACAAAAUUAAUCUAAACAUUAAUGUGACUAUAUUGCAAUAUCCUGUUUUUAUGGAGACGAUUAGGAAUCAAUUGAUUAUUAUCAUGUAUUCAGACACUGUUGGAAUUACAUUAGACAUCAAAUCUGAAAAGAUAUUUUCAAAAUCAUUUCGCAUUUACGAAUCAUUUAAUACGAAUAAAAUCUUGAGUGUAGCCGUUGUUAAUAAUAUGUUAUUUAUUGCUAUGGGCGUAGGAGGGUUAAAAAUAUUCUAAUUAAAUGGCCAAAUUUUAGGUUCAAUUGAUUUCGAGUAUUAAAUUAAUAAUGCAACUGAUCUCAAAGUUUUUCAUGAAUUUGAUGUAUAUUAUAUUUACUUACUUGAUUAUGAUUUGGGAGUCUCAUCCUUCAUAUACAACCCCAAAUCUACCUUAAUAUACAAGAAUGAGAGACUAGAUACUAUUCCCUAUUCUGGAGAUAUUAUUGAUAUUUAUAAUAACAUUAUGAUGAUUGCCAGUUACUAAGAUUAAUAAACAAUAAUUUAGGAAAUCUAUUUGAACUACACCGAUUUUAGUUGGAAAUAAGUUAAUAAACAUAUUGUUAACUCAAUUAUAGUAGAUAUUGAUAUUUUAGAUCAUGUUGCAAUCACUCUAGGUAAAAAUGGAAACACAGUUAUCUUCCAUUCCAUUCCUUCAUAAUACCAAAUCAAAUAGCAACACUUUAUUAUGCCUUCAUUGUAAAAAUUGAGUUUUAUUAAAUCAAAAAGUUCAUUGUAUCUUCUGGGUGUCAGUCUUCAUAAUUUCUAUUAUUCUAAAUUAGAAUUAAAGUAGAGUUACUUAUAAUGCUAUUUUGAAUAGGAAUAAUAGAUUAAAUUAUCCUAUUCACACAUUUCAGAAUGCAAGAAAUAUAAAUCCGGAAUUUGUGCUUACACUUAAGAAUAUUUGAUAUAAUCGAUUAAACCAAUCAUAACGACAGAAUAAAAUUUUUUAAUUUAUUUAAUUUUAUUCCUUGUAGCUCUAGCCUUUAUUACCAUAAUAGUAAUUCUCAUAAGAGAGUUCAAUAAAUAUCAUGAAUUUGUUCAUAAUUUAGAUCCAAUUUGUCCAAAAUCAAACGAAAUAACUAUGUAAACUUUUGAAAGUCCAACUAAAAUAAUUAAAUUCAAUUAGACAGGAGCACAUACUUCAUAGUUCUCUAUAAUCAGUAAUAUGACCAGAUUGUAGUAAGUUUGA